UUUAACCUUAUUUAUAACGGAUUCUUCUGAUUCAUCACAGAUCAUUUAAUGCUUAAAUGUUUUAAGUGGAUUAAAUAAAUAAUUGGMAAACAAUCAUCUGUUAUUCGUUUCUUCUUUCAAACUUUAAGCACAGAUUUCCUCCUGAAACCAGAUGAAUGUGGCUCAUUUUCUGCUGAUGAACCGUCGCGAAUGAAGCGUAAAAUCCUGCUCCCUGUCUGUCUCCCCGCGCCGGUCCCGUCCUCCCGUGGGUUUUAUUCAGACCCAGAUCUCAUUAAUGUCAUGUGUUUGAGCCCCACGCCCCUGUUUUGCAACUUUUUUUUUUUUUGGCAAAUAAGCGACCCAACUUGUUCAUGUCAUCAACAUAAUCACUUGGGAGAGGUCGCGAGGCCAAGAGAAUCAGAGUCCAGUUCUUCAGAGGUUGGUGGGGGGAGAGACGGGUUUGGUCCCCUCAGACCUGAGUGGGGAGUUUGGUCAACGACAGUGGUUCCUGGAAAAGAUCUGAAUCGCUCUCUAACCAAAGCCAGCUGCGGUCUGCCUGUGUGUUUUCAUCUGGAUGAGGUAAAGGAGGAAGGAGUUUCUGCGCUUCCUUUUCCAAAGGAGGGACUGUUGGGGAGAGAGAGGGAGGAAAAAAAGUUCCCCUCUUCACUUUUUUUUUUAAAGACAUGAACACAGAGAGCUGCGUUUCACACACCGACAUGACAUCCAUGGAUUCAUAUUAUAGCCAAGGUAGGGAUCACCAGACGGAACACUUUCGGACUUUUCCAGCCAGUGACACCAAACACAGCCCCUUCCUGACCUCCAAAGGUCAGGCUUACGGUGAGAAGUCCCGAAGCCCCUUCCAGCAGGAGGGCCAGUCAUUGGAUGCCGCUGCGGGGCAAGGCUCCUUCAGCAAAUACCACGUCUUCACGCACAGGUCUGCGCGCAAAACGCCCCCCGACGAGGACCGAGGACACAACGGAGCGCACAUCCCGUGCUAUGGUAAAGACGGUUCAGGUCUGACAGAGUCUGAUUUGGCCCCGGAUUCAGAUCCACCUGGAAUGGACUCCAGAUACCUGACAGUGAAGGAUCAAGGAGUUAAGGCGGCCUCCGACAGGUCACCGGGCAAUGAUUUAGCGAGCUCACUGGACAAAACCGAGGGUGUGGAAAGCAACAAAGGCAAGAAGAGGCGCAACCGCACCACCUUCACAAGCUACCAGCUGGAAGAGCUGGAGAAGGUCUUCCAAAAGACGCACUAUCCUGARGUUUACGCCCGAGAGCAGCUCGCGCUGAGGACGGACCUGACUGAAGCCCGGGUGCAGGUUUGGUUCCAGAACCGGAGAGCAAAAUGGAGAAAGAGGGAACGCUUCGGUCAGAUGCAGCAGGUCCGAACGCACUUCUCCACCACGUACGAGCUGCCGCUUCUGACACGACCCGAGAGCUACGCACAGAUCCAGAACCCGUCCUGGAUCGGAGGCAGCAGCGCAGCUUCUCCCGUCCCGGGCUGUGUGGUGCCCUGCGACACGAUGACUCCCUGUAUGACCCCUCACCCCCACUCUGCCAGCGGCGUCUCUGACUUCCUGGGCGUUCCGAGCCCCGGGGGUCACGUUGGACAGCCUCACAUGGGCAGCCUGUUUGGAGGGGCCCCCGGCAUGGCCGGGGGCAUCAACACGUACGAUCUCAACAUGGACCCCGACCGCAAGUCGUCCAGCAUCGCCACUUUGCGCAUGAAGGCCAAAGAGCACAGCGCUGCCAUUUCUUGGGCGACAUGAUGUGUUGCUGAGUGCUGGAUGGGGGGCGGGGGCUCAUGGACACCCAGCAUGGAGUGAGGGGCGCUAACAUCAAAUCUGCACAGGAAACAGUGACUACCAUCAAAAAAUGCUGCAAUAAAGUGAACUUGCAAAAUGAUUUUGACGUUGGAAAUAAGUAACCAUACUGCAGGAAGGCAAACACAGUGAAGACAGACAUGACGCUACAAUGAGUAUUACAAACAAAUCUAUGCACUUAUUCAAAUACAGGAACUAUUCUUACAGUUAUGCUGUUUUUUGUUUUGGUGCUGUUUUAUUCUGCUUCAGUUCAUUUUAAAUGGGUUCUGUGAUUUCACAAAAAAACCCUCAGCCUGCCAUCUUAAAGCAAAUUAAAUUCAGGUUUGGUCAUUUUGUGCUGAACAUCUUACUGCUGUCUCAUUCAGCACGGACAUGAGCUGAGCUGUAAUUAAACUGGUGCAUCCUCAUAUCUGACCAACGGGUUAAAAUAAUCCCAAACACUGAUCUAAUUCUGAUUUCUUGCAUUUAAAAUAUCUAGAGAGGCGAAGUGUAGCUUAGUGAUGGAGGUGACAGAUCCACCUGCUGCAUGAACUCAGCCUGCUGAAGAUGAGAACAUGUGAGAAGGGCUCAACAGGCCUGCUGCUCUCUGGUUUCUGGAUCAAGGAGCCUGGACGCCUCAAAUUUAAAAAAAUAAAAAUUCGGACUCACAGCUCAUUAAAAAAGAUGUGAACAUAAUUGUGGCCCUGUGCACUUCUAGUCUUAUUGGCUUCAGUGACUGAAGUAAACAGUCUGUUAGUAAAAACAAAACAAGCAGAAGCAGAAUUUUGAAACAGAGGGUUGGAUUGGGUUUGACACUAAGAAUUGAGAGGUUGUCUCACCAUAAUAUUGUUCUUUUUUGAGCAUUAUGAGGUUUAGCUGUAAGCUGUGCAGUACAUGCAUCAUGCAUUUUUAUAUCCUUUCCCCCCCUAAUCACUUCUACAAAAGAAAACCAACAAGAAAUGACACAUAUUAUACAAACUCAUACCUAUUAAAAUUCACCAUAAAUGCUUUAGAUAUUUUACAGUGAGGCCAACAGAUUUGUUCCCUAAAGUUUACAUAAUUUACUGUGUUUCAGCAGUUUCUCAUAUUUAUUUGGGAUUUCACACCAACAAUUAGGAUGUGAUUUUGUGGUGAUGUCUGCUAGAAGUGUCAGAACAGUAUUCUAAGAUGCUUAAUAUUUAAUUUAAAUGGUUAAAAACGUGGAAGAAAAUUGACACAAACGGCGACAGAUCUGGCUGGACUGACUGACAGUGCUUGUUUAAAAAGCUGCCACUGAAAUGUGAGCAAAUAAACCAAUUCAGUGCGAAUUUGAAUAUUUAGAAAAUAUACCAAAACGCAAAUACAAAGAAAACUUUAAUAAUAAAAUAAAUGCUGAACACUGAUUUUUUUUUUUAGAUGGCCGAGUUAAAUUAGUUCUUUCAGUUCUCUUCAUGGAGUUAAAGAAUUUAGAUUAAAACAAAUCCUUUUCUCUUGAAUACAUUUGCAUGGGUUUGUUUUUCUGGUGAAAGAGCCAGCACCUUUUAGUUAAAUAUUUAAUAUUUCUUUCAAAGAAAGUAACAUUUUAAAAAUCAACCCCACAGCACUGUAUGUCAUGCUUUACUAUUGGGAAGCUGAUUGGUUGUCAUUUAAAAGUAUGACCAAAAUUGGUUUGAUGACUUUAGUCAAUUUUUACAAUAAUCUUGAGCUUACAGUUCAGUGAUGAUUCUGAACAUUUUUACUGUUUACUUUCCUUCUUGGUAGAUCAGAGCAGAUCACCCUGAAGUCAUCUAAAUGACAUCAACCGGUUCAAAUGUGAAGCAUGAGCAUGUAUAGUACAGAAGACAAACCUCAGAGAGGGGAGGGGGUCUUUACACAAGUGAACAUGAGGCCCCCCUGUGUGCUGUGGUCGAGGGGCUGGAUGGAGGGUGAGCUGUGAGGGCGCCCGCUGGGUUCCGGUGUUCUGGGAAAAGGACAGUGCACACAGCUGCACACGGGGGGGUUAAUGCAAAACAAACAUGCCUCACACAUGCUUCCCCCUCAGCUGUCAUGGCUCUGCUUUCAAAGAUUCAGUGACUAUCUCUCUCUCUCACACACACACACACACACUGCAUCCCUCCCUGCGCUCACUUCCACUGGGUCCGUCGGUCCAAAGCUGCAGCGGCUCAGCUGCAGGGUCCGAGUCACGGCCAGCCCAGGAAGGAUUUUUAAUUAACUCUGAGCCGUGUGGAGGCUGCAGAGCACAGGAUUGUGUGUCAGGAUGGACAGGACCGUGUGUCUUCGGUUUCAUCAAGAUUCUGCACAGGACACACACACACACAGCCACCGAGUUGCUCAGGUUUACAAAACACUCUUUUAUAUUUUCUAGGAAUUUCAGCUUCUGCAUUGAAGCACCUCGAAUAAUAAAUGCACUCGUUUUUACAACCUGUACGACUGUCGACGUUACGAUAGCUUCAUGAAAAACCCUCUCCCCCUGCAUUACUUCAGCCUCAAAUUAUACAACUGUCCGUUUUCUAAUACUACUGAAGUCAAGCAAUCAGUUUAAAGAGUAAAAGUACGAUAAUUUAAUGUGAUGGUGUAUUGCUGUUGCAUGCAGAAAGGAUUGAAGUGUUAUAAAACUUAUGGAAUUGUUACUAAUAUGUUAGUUUAAAUAUUUUAAAAUAUAACUUUUCUUAAAAAUUGACUGUUUUUUCCUCUUACGUAAUGUUUUGAAAGUUGGUUUUAGGUUUGUGUGGCUUUAAGCUGCUUGUGUUUGUGCUGUUUGUGUGAAUAAAGUCCAAUAAGUUAUUGUUA